GCUCUCAGCUGUGAUAUCAGCUGUUAUACUUGAUUCAUUCUUCUUGUGGUUAUUUAACUGAAGUAUUAUUUACGCUAUAAAAAAUAUGAAUCACGCGUGAUUCUGGCAUUUCUUAUCACCUUAACAGUUAUAAUAAUUCUGUCAUAAUUGGGAAACAAUAUGGAAACGUCUGAGAAAAGACAAAUUCCGACAUUAUUGAGGAAGGUAUUGGCAGUGGAUGCCUAUUUGACAGAUGAAUUUGUUAAGUUGAUAGAAAGAUUCCUACCCUUAAGACAAUUGAAAGUACAUUAUAAGUUGUUAGAGAUAUCGUGUCAUGGCAUAGUUUGGCUAGCAAGUUCUCUCGUGUUAAUUUGGAUUCUUAACAGCAAAAGCUUGUAUCAAAUGCAAGUAAAUUUGCUAAUAGGGUUGUUGCUUGACAUUUUCUUGAUUGCCGUGAUAAAGGCAAUCACAAGAAGAAGACGGCCAACUUCUAAUGAUGAUUCAUUUACUAUAGGACCUGAUAAAUAUUCCUUUCCAUCUGGACAUGCAUCUCGUGCUAUGUUUAUCGUGUAUUUCUUCUUCUAUGUGUGGCCCAUAUCUUCGAUGUUUGCACCACCUUUAUUAGCAUGGUGUUUUUCUGUGUGUACAUCUAGGUUAUUAUUGAGAAGACACCACAUAUUUGAUGUACUCGUUGGAGUAUUUCUAGGUAUUUUUGAAGGGUUAAUUAUAGGCUACAUUUAUUUAGAGCAAGAGACAUGCAUUAAUUUAAUCUCUUGGAUUACAGAUGAAAAGAUACAUGGGUCAGAAUAAUAAUGUUUUAUCUGUUUGUAUGAUGUUUGCUUUUUUAU